ACUCCGUGCAUCUCCUGGGCAGCGGCGCGGGAAGGAUGCUGGGCCGCAGGGGCGCGCGCGCGGGGCCCGGGAUGCCGCGGGGCUGGACCGCGCUCUGCUUGCUGAGUUUGCUGCCCUCCGGGUUCACAAAUACAGAAAAUUUGACUACUACUACUGCAGAGUCAACCACCCUGAGAACGAUUUCAGUUACUUUUACAAAUUUAUCCAACGAGCAAACCACAGCACCAAGUACCUUUGGAAGUACCAGGCCAUACUCUGUCUUCCUGGACAGCAAUGGGACCACAGCGACCAUCUCAGAGACUACAGUCAAUCUCACAUCUACCUCUGAGGUCACCCCAGUCUCUGGAACCACAAACUCUUCUGUCCAGUCUCAGACCUCCCUGGCCAUCACAGUGCCCACCACCCUCGCCAACUUUUCGACUUCAGAGAUGACCUCGAAGCCCAGCAUAUCACCUGGAAAUGUUUCAGAUUCCUCACUCAACCACACCAGCGUUGAGACGUCGACCACUGAACCUUACGUAUCACCUACUUUUACCCCACGUACCAUCAAGGGAGAAAUCAAAUGUUCAGGCGUCAGAGAAGUGAGGUUGACUCAGGGCAUCUGCCUGGAGCUAAAUGAGACCUCCAGCUGUGAGGACUUUAAAAAGGACAAAGGAGAAGACCUGGCCCAAGUACUGUGCAGGGAGGAGCAGGCUGACGCCGAGGCUGGGGCCCGUGUGUGCUCCUUGCUCCUCGCCCAGUCUGAGGUUAGGCCUCAGUGCCUGCUGCUGGUAUUGGGCAACAGGACAGAAAUUUCCAGCAAGCUCCAACUUUUGAAAAAGCACCAGUCUGACCUGACAAAGCUGGGGAUCAAAAAUUUCUCUGCGCAAGAUGUUGAGAGCCACCAGAGCUAUUCCCGGAAGACCCUGAUUGCACUGGUCACCUCGGGGGUCCUGCUGGCUGUCCUGGGCAUCACUGGCUAUUACCUGAUGAAUCGCCGCAGCUGGAGCCCCACAGGAGAAAGGCUGGGCGAAGACCCUUAUUACACGGAGAACGGUGGAGGCCAGGGCUAUAGCUCAGGACCUGGGGCCUCCCCUGAGGCUCAGGGAAAGGCCAGUGUGAACCGAGGGGCUCAGGAGAACGGCACCGGCCAGGCCACCUCCAGAAACGGCCAUUCAGCAAGACAACAUGUGGUGGCUGAUACAGAAUUGUGACUCGGCUGGGUAGGGCAGGGCUGGGCAGUGUGCAGGGCCCCUCCCUGCAUCUGACCACAAGUUGCCUCCUCUGUGGGUGACCCAGGUCCUUGUUUGUUGUUGUUGUUGUUGUUGUUGUUUGUUUCCAGAGGUGUGGGCGGGUUCCUGGUUUCAAUGACAGUUGGAAAUAGAACUUUCCAGAGACAAAAGGAUGGGGUGGAUUUUUUUUUCUCAAUAAAAA